AUGGCUCCCGCAGAGGGCGAGGCGAGCGCGGCCUUUGGCGAGGAUGUGAAGCCAUACAAGAUCCACGUGUCGACCAAGUACCUGGACUUGACGAGGCAGAAGCUCGAACUUACACGGCUACCGCACGAUAUCCCGCGCCCGCGGUCCAGCAACUGGUGGGACCCAAAGCCCGUCGUCGAGCCUCUCGUCGACUUUUGGUUGGAGCACUUCUCCUGGCGCGACCAAGAAGAGCACCUCAACGCCAAGGUGCCGCAGUUUCGCACCGCCAUCAACACGACCGCCUCCGACAUCCCGUGCCGCGUACACUUUAUCCACGCUCGCUCGCCGCACGCCAACGCGAUUCCUCUACUCCUGAUACCCCCGUUUCCGUUUACGAACCUGUCGCUCGUGCAUCUCAUUCCUUUGUUCACCGAGCCGAACAAUGCCGCCGCGGAGCAGCCCUUUCACCUCGUCAUCCCGUCCCUGCCGGGUAUGGGAUUCAGCGACGGCCUGAGCAAUCGAGCACAUGUGGUUCCGACAGUGGCGGAUAUGCUCGACGUGCUAAUGAAGAGGCUGGACUAUGGACACUACCUGGUGUCAAACUCGGGUCCGGCCGUGGAUGCGCUGCCGCCGGUAGACUGGAGGAUCGCAAGCCGCCUCGCAACGCACUACACAGACUCGUGCCUCGGGGCGCACUUUGUCUCGCCACCACUGCACGCACCGACGUCUCGAGACUCCUGGGUGGAAUGGGCCAAGUGGACUGCGGUGAGCAUGUUCCAGACGCCGAUGCUAGGCUACUCCAGCCAGGACAUCGAAGCAAUGAAGAGAAAUCGGGCACAACAGAAGGGGGCAGCCAACCGUGAUCCAGCACCAGCAUUGUUGGGGUUCGGCAGCGGCGGCGUAUACGAACCGAACACGCUUGCGUACGCCCUGUGCGACUCGCCCCUGGGCCUCAUCCUGUUUUUCCUCAUGAUAAUGCGCAUAGUCGGUCCCGAGAAGGACUUAUCGCCAGAGGACCUCAUCAAACUCACAGAGUUGACUUGGUUGCCAGGGCCGGAGGGGAUGAUGAGGCUCUGGGCGCAAUGCGCGUCCUCCCGGGAUGGAGGCAGCAGAGAGGCGACUCGAAGAGCCAGAGUCGGCCUAACAGUCUUCCUAGGGGACACGGAGGAUUCGAAGAAGGACGCGAGCGAAACGACAGUCGGCUUGCCCCGGCGAGCCGCGCGUCGAUAUGCCUGCCCAGCGUGGGCGAAUCAAACUUACAACGUCGUGGCGACGAACCGCACUUCCGGGAAUCCUGGCCUACUCGUAUGGGAGAGACCACAUGUGAUUGCCUCUGGUGCAAGGGCGCUUGCCAAAGCAAUCCUGCCCCUGGAACCCAAGUUAAAGCCGGCGCAGGAGCCCGGCGCGGUGCUUCUUGAGCAGGUGGUUGUCGAGGGCGGGCACAGUGCACCGGCUGAGAUUUCGGGAACGACGAUCCAGGCGGCGGGGGAUGAGGCGGCAGGAGCCCGAAGCGAGAGCUAUGUGGCAUUCCCAAAGCCAGAUGAGCGCGACGAGGAAGAGGAGCCGCAAGAGACCGGGAGCCCGCAUGAGAGAGCGACGCGGCCCGUCACACCAGGGGAGGAGGUGUUGCCAGUGAGACCGCAGACUGGAAGCAGUAAUGGAGGUGGCGAGUCGAGCGAGGGGAGCCCCAACACUGUCAUUGCGAUCCAGGUUGGCGCAUAA